AUGCUGCUAGGCCGCGGGCGGUUGCUGGGGCCCUGGCGGCUGCUGCGCCGCGCGGCCGCCGCCCCGCCCGCCCGCGCCUACCGCGGCGAGGCGGUGGCGGCGGUGGGCUCGCGGCCCGACGCGGGCUCCGCGCUCUAUCAGGAAAACUAUGAACGAAUGAAAGCACUGGUAACCGAACUCCGAGAGCAAGCAGAAAAAAUCAGAUUGGGAGGUGGAGAAAAAGCUCGUAAGCGUCACACAUCAAGAGGAAAGCUCUUACCCAGAGAGAGAAUUGACAGACUUAUUGAUCCUGGGUCUCCGUUCUUGGAGUUCUCCCAGUUUGCAGGUUACCAGUUGUAUGGUAAUGAAGAGGUACCGGCAGGAGGCAUUAUCACAGGCAUUGGACGAGUAUCUGGGUUGGAAUGCUUGAUUGUUGCUAAUGAUGCAACUGUCAAAGGUGGUACCUAUUAUCCCAUCACUGUUAAGAAACAUUUACGUGCUCAAGAAAUUGCAAUGCAAAAUCAUCUCCCUUGCCUAUAUUUGGUUGAUUCAGGAGGAGCAAAUUUACCUCGGCAAGCAGAAGUAUUUCCAGAUCGAGAUCAUUUUGGCCGUAUUUUCUAUAAUCAAGCAGUCAUGUCCUCACAAGGAAUUCCACAGAUAGCAGUAGUAAUGGGAUCCUGUACAGCAGGAGGAGCAUACGUACCUGCGAUGGCUGAUGAAAGUAUUAUUGUUGGCAAACAGGGAACAAUAUUCUUGGGAGGGCCACCACUGGUUAAAGCAGCAACAGGUGAAGAGGUAUCAGCAGAGGAUCUUGGAGGGGCAGAUCUUCAUUGCAGAAAAUCUGGUGUAACAGAUCAUUAUGCUUUGGAUGACAAUCAUGCACUUCAUCUAGCAAGGAAAGCUGUAAGAAGUUUAAAUCUCCAAAAGAAAGUAGACGUGACUAUAGAACCAUCAGAAGAGCCUUUAUUUCCUGCUGAUGAAAUAUACGGUAUAGUUGGUGACCAGCUAAAAAGAAACUUUGAUAUCAAAGAGGUCAUUGCUAGAAUUGUAGAUGGAAGUAAAUUUGAUGAAUUCAAAGCCUUGUAUGGGGAUACCUUGAUUACAGGAUUUGCAAGAAUAUUUGGUUAUCCGGUAGGAAUUAUUGGAAACAAUGGAGUUCUUUUCUCAGAGUCAGCAAAAAAGUUGACUUUGGAUGAAGCAGUAGUAGUACAGCACUUCAUGAUGCAAAUACUCCCAUGGACUUUGGUGGAAGGAGACUUCACAGACUUUAGAGUGAUGGGUACACAUUUUAUCCAGUUGUGUUGCCAGAGAAAUACUCCCAUUGUGUUUUUGCAGAAUAUUACAGGUUUCAUGGUUGGUAGAGAAUAUGAAGCUGGAGGGAUAGCAAAAGAUGGUGCCAAGAUGGUAACUGCUGUAGCUUGUGCCAAUGUACCUAAAAUAACAGUGAUUAUCGGUGGUUCUUACGGAGCUGGAAACUAUGGGAUGUGUGGAAGAGCAUACAGUCCAAGAUUUCUUUAUGUGUGGCCAAAUGCUCGCAUAUCCGUGAUGGGAGGGGAACAAGCUGCAACUGUUCUAGCUACAAUAGCUAAGGACCAAAAGGCAAGGGAGGGAAAACAGUUAUCUGAGGCAGAUGAAGCAGCUUUGAAGGAGCCAAUCAUUAGGAGGUUCGAGGAGGAAGGAAACCCUUAUUAUUCCAGUGCAAGAUUAUGGGAUGAUGGAAUUAUUGAUCCAGCUGACACAAGACUGGUUUUGGGCCUCAGUCUCAGCGCAGCAUUAAAUGCACCUACGAAGAAGACAGAAUUUGGGGUUUUCAGGAUGUAAACUUAAACGUAUGGUCAUCAGAAUUAGCUCUGUAUAUUUUAAUUGGGGCUGGAGAGCAAACUAACUACAAUGUUGAGGUGAUUAAAAAAUAAAGAUUUGUACAAUGCUGUUUUUAAUGGAAAUGUCGUAAUUAUUUAUUUUCACUGGGUAAUCAUCCCACAGUGCUUCAGUGUUUUGAUAGUGGUUUGAGGUCGGUCACUUAUAGUGCUUGUAUAACACCACAUUGCAUGAAUAAACUGCAACUUCUAGCAUUAUGUUUAAUGUUUGACAAGAAACCAUUGAUAUUAUCUCUUAUAUAAAUAAAUCUGCAAAAUAAGC